GAGCAGAGCAGGUAACCCGCAGUCCUUAGGGGUAUGAGUGAUGGGGAAGCUUAAAAACCAGCUAAAGGUGUUGGGAAGGGCUGGAGAACUCCCCUUUGAUGGGGACCUCACCUAAUUUUGCUUAAUAUUUUGGAAGUCUGUGCGUGCAGGGGCUUGGACAGGCUGUUUUGGUGGGGGAGGGGACGAUGAGCUUGGCGUGAGAAUCCCACCGCAAGGCAAGCGCUCCAGCCGGGGCUGCACACUCGCCCUGUGCCGCAGGAAAGGGGCUGGCGUGGCUCUCUGGAGACGUCCGCACUCGGCCGGCCGUGAAAACCGUGGUGAAAUUACACAAUGAGCUUUUUCCUUCCCCCUUCCUCCGAGCCGGCGCUGCAGCCAGCCAGGCUCUGCGCGCAGCCGUGCGUGCCUGCGUGGGCACCCGCGAUGCGCCUGAGCUCCGGAGGGAGGGAGCGCAUCGUCCCCGCGUCGCCUGCAUCCGCUGCUCCCCGGUGUGCCGGCCACGCCGGAGCCAGCCUCGCCCGAUGCCGCUGACCCGCUGCCGAGCCAAGGUGCGCCGAGGCUCCUGGGUGCAGUUGCAGAGGUUGUAACUUCUCCGCCUGCGAGGAGCGCCUGCAGCCGGGGGAGCAGGGCUGUGCCUUGGCAAGGACACAGCUUAAAGCCUGAUAAAACGGGAAGCGUGUCUUCGCUGCCAGCGCAGGGAGCAGAGCGGAUCUGCGGCAGGGACAAGCAAACUCAGCGUGGGGGAGUUCCAGCUUCCCGAAGUCCCAGGGCUUGUUUGAGCAAGGAGUUUUUAAUCGCCCCUGAACGGCUCCAGGCUGGAACACCAUCUCCAUGUAGGACACAGAUAUGUCCUGCGGUAACCUGUCCCCCCACAGAAGGGUCUGCCUGCCUUAGCCAGCCUGUCCUCCCAGGCAUCCUGCCAGCGAUGGCCUUGGCGCCCCAGUGAAGGGUGAAAGGAAGAGGAGCGAGUCCCCCCAACACCGCCACAUCCCCCAGGAGAGCCAUGGAGGCCCCCCUGGACGUGCCUGUAGGGAACCUCAUUGACUUUGAUGCUGAAACACCCACCUGCAUCCCCUCGGAGCCCUCCCCUCCCGCUGCUCCCAGUGGCAAUGGGCACCUGGGGGACACAGGGGACAUGGCUGGGGAAGAGAGUGAUGCCACUGAGUCGGCGGACAGUGAGAAUGACAUGGGUGACUCUCCCAGGCACUGGGGUGGCUACCGCCGCUCCUCCUCCAACGAGUCCUUCUCCUCCAGCCAGAGCACUGAGUCAGCCCAGGACGAGGCGACGGCCGAGCGCCGGGAGUUCAUGCGGCACUACGUGGAGAAGAUCUUCACCGGGGGAGAGGAUUUGGACCAAGAAGAGAAGGCCAGGUUUGGUGAGCUCUGCAGCAGUGAGAACGGGAAGGGCAGGGAGUGGUUCGCAAGAUAUGUGAGCGCCCAGCGCUGCAACUCCAAGUGCGUCUCGGAGCAGACCUUCUACCGCCUGAUGCAGUCGUUCGCCCUCGUGCUCUUUGAAUGUCACCAGAUGGAUGACUUCAGCCCUGCCAAGAACCUCAUGACCAUGUGUUUCACCUACUACUACGUGGGCAAGCCCCACGCACUGCCCUUGGAGGCCAAGGAGAAGCCCAUGGGCAGCAUCGACUCAUACUUGAAGUCGGCAAACAGCUGGCUGGCCGAGAAGAAGGACAUCGCGGAGCGGCUGCUGAAAAACACAUCGGCCAAGACGGAGAACGUCAAGGGCUUCUUUGGGGGCCUGGAAACCAAACUGAAGGGUCCUACCACCAAAAAGAGCGACGAAAGUGAGGACAAACCAAAGGAGAAGCUGAAGAAGACGGUUUCUGUGCAGAGCCCAGAGGAGGAGAAGAAAGGAGAGAAGAUCUACCUGUACAUGCACCUCAAGCAGCAGCCGAUCUGGCACAACCUGCGGUUUUGGAACGCCGCCUUCUUCGAUGCUGUGCACUGUGAGCGCAGGAAGCGGUCCCCCACCACCAGAGGGAACACUGGGGAGGAAGAGGAGAAGAGGGAGAAGUGGUGCCACAUGACGCAGGAGGAGCGUGAUGACAGCCUCCGCUUCAAUGAGAACAUCACCUUCGGGCAGCUGGGCACAUUCAUUCACAACAUGCUGGCGUUCGGCCUGAACAAGAAGCUCUGCAGUGACUUCCUGAAGAAGCAGGCGACCAUCGGCAAUUUGGAUGAAGAGCAAUACAAGCUGCUCAGCGACCAUAUCGAGCAGAUGGCCACCGAAUAGCUGCCUGGCCGGCAUGCUGAAGUGGAAAGACGGCAGCCGGAGCAGGUGGGGAGGGGAAAGAAACCCACCACCGGGGCUACCUGAAACUGAAGUUGGGCUACUUAAUCACACACACAAGCUGCAAUAAAACCUGCAUGAUCGUUCACCAAACUUUAGAGCUGCACCAGGGCAGCUGUAGAAAUAGGAGCCAAACAGCCUCCCCUUCCUCGCCAGACUAUUCCGCAUCGAUUUUCAGAGUAGACAGUCCCAAAAGUGUAUUUUGUCAGUUAAAAAAAAACAAAACACAAACCAAACAAAAAAUAAGAGAAAAGCAAAAAGGGAAUGACUGCUGCAGCCCCUAGGUGUGUUUAUGAGAGCUGGAUCACUGUGUCUCCAGACCCCUGGUGAAACACUACCUGUGGUCUUCAGUGUUUUGUAGCACAACGGCGGUGGGUGCGGAGCUGCCAAAUGCAUUUGCUGCUCGGUGCCUUUCUGGGGCUGCCAUGGACAGUGGUAAAUCUGGAGAAUCCAAGGCUGCGAGCCUCUGGCUGCCUUUCCCUGCCGGCAUCCUCUGGGUGAGCACAACAGAGGCUGGAGGUGGACCAGGGAUGCGAGAGGUGAUGGCAGGGACCACAUCCAGCUGCUGGAGCCGCAUCCAGCCACCGAGGAAAGCCACUGCCGGAGGAAGCAGCCAGUUCUGCCUCCAGUUUGACCUGUCUCUCUCCUUAGCCAGGCACUGGGCAUUCACAGCAUGUGGGUUUGUCCUGGCAAUGCAGGACCCGGCUGCUGAGGAUGGUGAUGGGAUGCAGUGGGUCAGUCUGGCAACAGGUUGGCUUGGGUUGUAUAUCCAGGCAUGUCCCCACCGGCUGGGGACAUGGGCAGUGUGGGGACUCACUGGAAGCAGAGAGGGGGCUGGUGAAGUGCUGCUACCUUCCUUGGUGUAAAGCUCCUUGAGAGCUGGAGGGAAAUCCUUCUCUUGGGAAACCUUCCCUGAGCUGCCUGUGUGGUUUUGCACCUCUGGGCAGAGACAAAACACAGUUUGCUCCAUAUCAUUCGUGUGGAUGAGCAGGAAAAAAAGCCAUGGCCUUGGGCAGGAUAGCUGGGAGAGGAGGCAGAGGAGCACCAUGUAAAAGCAUGUUGGAAGGAGGCAGCAAAGCAGCAUCGAGGCAGAUCCCCCUGCACCCACUCCCUGCUGCAGCAGCGUCGGGGCUGCCACGGGCUUGCGGUGUUUCCCAAAGCCUCCUGGCUUCCCGGGAUUAGAUUAACCGCCCUCCUUCCCCGGGCUGCACCCCACCGCCCUCUCCUUCCCCAGCCCCUCUGCUCCUGCUGAUCAUCAAUCAAACCUGUAAUAGCCCUGUCUGAAGUACAUCUCCUGUUCCGCUCUAGUGAUGGCAGCUACGCAGUAUGCAGCGUAUCUGGUUUUUCCCCAUGGACCUUGGCACAGUGUUUUCAGAGAGGCUGGGGACACAGGGACAUCGCCACUCCCCUCCGCAGGGCAUGUCCCUGCUCUGAAGGGACCCAGUUGACUCUGCCGGUGGGGUCAGGAAAGCCCAGCCCCACGCAGCCAAGGGUCCAUCACUCAGUCUCACCCCAAAAACAUUGUCCUGAAACAUCAGUCCGGGUUUCCAGGGACCAUCAGUCCAUUAUUCCCCAUGCUGUCAGCUGUAUCCUGUAAGAUAAAUAGCUAACAGGGUUUUUUCCAUGUAGCUCUUAGUUUCUGGUGUCAUUUGCUAGCAUCAAAGUAAUGCUUUUACCUAAGCUGGCCUUCCCUGUCUGCUGGAGCUGGGACUCUGCUCCAUGCUGGGUCUCGUAGGAAGGAUCGGAUCCAGCACUGGCUUUGCCUUGGCCAGUCCCAAACCUGGGCAGAGUUACUGGAGAAAGGUUUUUGUCGGGGCGAGAGGCUGACGGAGGGGACUAACGUGCACUCCAUCAGUGUCUCACCCUGACGAAAACCUUUCUGAUGAAGAGGAUGUGCUGGACCAUGGGAAUCUGGCAGCUCAAUGCCAGGACCUGCACCCUGGAGCAUCCCAUCCCCGUGGCAUCCCUGUCUCCACUCGGGUCUUUCCCAAAUCCUGCUUUGUUUCUUUGUUAUUAUUUUUUUCCAACAUAAGAAAAAGUUCAGCAGUGAAGUAUAUAUUAUUUGCAUGUGUAUUUUUCUAAAAAAAACCAACUUAAAAUAUUAAAAAAAAAAUAUAAUAAAAAAUCUCCGUAAACCCUUCUUGAUGGGACUGUGUGAAGGAUGGGGUGAGAGAGAGAGAUUGGAAUAAAUUGUCUUAAAAAUUA